AUGGCCAGCUGUCCACUCUCCUAUCGCCUGGGCGCGCGGGCGCUGCGAGCGGCGCAGACCGUGCAAUGCCAGACGCUCUACGCCGUCGGCGGGCUCUAUGGCAACAUGCACGCGCUCUCAGCGAUCCGAGAGCGCGCAGCACAGGAGCUAACGCCGCCGACGCUAAUCUUCAACGGCGACUUCAACUUCUUCAACUGCGAGCCCUCGUGGUGGCACGAUCUCAACCGCGAUAUUAUGCGCAGCCCGCGCCACAUCGCCACCGCCGGGAACGUGGAGGUCGAGUCGUCUGCCAUCGCGCCGUCUGGCUUGGGCUGCGGCUGUGGAUAUCCAGCGUACGUGUCCACCGGCGUGGUCGAGCGAUCCGAUCGCAUCGUCGCGGCGCUGCGGGCCGCCGCCGCCGCCGCCGCAGCCCCGGAGCUGCUGGGCUGGCUCCGCGCGCUGCCCUUGGCGCUGGUCGCAGAGGUCGGUGGCAGGCGCGUCGGCAUCGUCCACGGCGACGUGGAGAGCCUGGCCGGCUGGGGGCUGGGCGUCGAGGCCAUGUCGCCGCCCGAUGAGCCGCUGCGCGCUGCGCUCGGCUGCGGCGACCCCGCCUCGCAGCAGUACCUGCCGCCCACGCCACGCGAGACGGCGCUCGGCUGGAUGGAGGAGGCCGAGGUGGUCGGGCUCGUCUGCACGCACACCUGCCUGCCGCACGGCCAGGCCUACCGCGACAGCCGGGGCGGCGCCGCCGAAUGGGGACGCGCCGUCUUCAACAAUGGCAGCGCUGGGAUGCCCAACUUCGAGGGGCAGCGCUUCGGCCUGAUCACGCGGGUGAGCGCCGACCUACACGCCGUGCCGCCCGACUCGCUCUACGGCGUCGCCGCCGGCGGGCUGCGCUUUGAUGCGCUGCCUGUGCACUACGACCACGACGGCUGGAUGGCCCAAUUCGAGGCGGUCUGGCCAGCGGGCUCCGACGCGCACGCCUCGUACCACGCGCGGCUGCUCCGCGGGCCGGGCGGCUUCACGCGGAGGCACGCGGCGAGAGAGGGCGUGUCUUGA